AUGGCUUCAUCCAGCAGCGCCUCCCCAUCAGGUUGGCUUCCCACCUUUACUAGCCUCGACUAUGCCAAGUUCUUUUCUGCCGGCGCUUUGUGCGCUACGGCUACCCACGGCGCCAUGACGCCCGUGGAUGUGGUCAAGACUCGAAUCCAACUGGAGCCCAAGGGAUCCAAAUUGAAUGGCAUGGCCACCAUGACUAGGCACAUCAUUGCUAGCGAAGGCCCAUCUGGCCUGCUUGCCGGCUUUGGCCCCACAGCAGUGGGCUACCUCAUCCAGGGAGGAGCAAAGUUUGCCGGUUUCGAAUUUUUCAAGCUGCAGGGAGCUAAGCUGGCGGGUAGCAGAGAAGCAGCAGAACAAUACCGCACAGCGAUCUAUGUUGGAGGAUCCAGCGCUGCGGAGCUCAUCGCCACUUCGCUUUUGACUCCCUUGGAAGCGGCUCGCAUUCGUCUGGUUUCGACUAGAGGAUACGCGAGCGGCUUGGUUGGCGCUGUUGGGCGCAUGGCCAAGGAAGGAGGUCUGAGGGAAUUCUACGCUGGUUAUGCUCCCAUCCUCUGCAAGCAAAUCCCCUACGCCAUAGGUCAAUUCACCACCAUGGAGACCCUGUCGGACCUGCAGAUUACAAAAGAUCUCAAAGCGAAGGGCCACGCAGCCGAAGUGGCCGUUGAUCUGGGUAAUGGUGUGCUAGCAGGCUUCGCAGCUGCAAUUCUCUCUCAUCCCGCCGACACUCUUCUUUCGAAGAUCAACCGAGGAGGCGGAGGUUCAGGUUCAGCAAUGAGCAAGCUGAUCGUGCUUGCCAAGGAGACUGGACCCGUCGGUAUCUGGGCAGGUUUGGGUACAAGAAUGCUCAUGACCGGUUUCCUGAUCGCCGGUCAGUUUGCCCUCUACGCUCAAAUCAAAAAGGCGGUCGGCGCUCCUCCUGGCAUCGCCAUCGCCAAGGCAAAGGAUAGCUCCAAAGCUUGA